AGAUAUCACCCUAUAUAGACGCUCAAGUACCUUCAGGAAGUUUAUUACUUGAAAGGAUAUAAUAUGAAUCAGUUCGUUACAGAAGCUACGGAAUAUUACAAUUGGCUUGAAAGCAUUAGUGAUCCCAGAACCAAGGACUGGUUCUUAGUUUCAUCUAUCUUCAGUCCACUUUCAGCUUGCUCAUUGUAUUUGCUGGUAGUCAAUAUUGGGCCACGAUUCAUGGAAAAACGACAACCGUUUGAGACUAAGAUUCCAAUGGCUCUGUACAAUUUUGGAGCAACGGCUCUGAGCUGGUAUUGUUUUACCGAGCUAUUGAUUGGAUCAUGGAAUGCUGGUUAUAAUUACAUAUGCCAAAGAGUGAUUGUUUCAAACGAGCCCCAGCAUUUGCAGAUAGCAAAGGUUUUAUGGUGGUUUUAUGUAUCGAAGUAUUAUGAAAUGUUAGAUACGGUAUUUUUUAUUCUUCGCAAAAAACCCAACCAAAUCACAUUUCUUCAUGUUUAUCAUCAUACAACAAUACUGGGACUAUGGUGGAUUGGCAUUAAAUGGGUUCCUGGAGGCUCUUCUUUCUUUAGUUCUAUGGUGAAUUCCUUCGUUCACGUUGUGAUGUAUACAUAUUAUGGUUUAAGCGUAUUCCCCACUCUUCGACGAUAUCUGUGGUGGAAGCGAUAUCUAACACAACUUCAACUGAUUCAAUUUGUAUCGAAUUUCCUGCAAGCAAUCCUUGGUCUUCGUGAGGAUUGUGGUUUUCCGCGAUGGAUGGCUUAUGGGAUGCUUUCUUAUAUGAUAUCCAUGUUCAUGCUAUUCGGAAACUUUUACUACAGAACGUAUACUAAUAAAACUGUGGCGGCAAACAGGGUGACACUGAAAGAAACGUACAUGAAAUCUGAUUAGAACUAAGGAAAGAUAUAGCUACUUAAAAAAAUAUGAUUUUAUUAUGUAACAUCA